GACGCCCACCGCAAGUCCCACAGGUGGUUCCGCCUUGUGGAUGGUGCUCCUGCACCCGAUGGCUGCGGGGUGGACGCGCGCUAUGGGUAUACUCCGGCGACGCGGAACACACUUCCUCUACUCUUCCUUGCGGGGGUGGGGGGUGGGGGAUGAAGAUCAAGGAGGAUGAUAAGCAGAAGAAGAAGCCGGCCAGGACGUGCGUCCAGAUCGAGGAGAUCCCCGAGGACAACACCGCCGGCUGCGACGCCAUCCGCAAGGCCUUUGCUAUGGGGAACGGCAAGGGGAAGGCCAAGGAGUUGUCGCCGCAGGAUGCCGCGCUGCUCAUCCAGAUGAACUACAGGCCGCACCUCGCCCACCGCUCCCAGGUGCUCCGCUGCCUGUGUGAUCUCGCCGUCGCCAAGGCCAAGCUCAAGGAGCUCAGGUCCCUCUUCUACAACCUCUCCUACAGGCGCCGCCUCUCGCAUGACCACGAGGAGUGCCAGAGGUUCUCCGAGAAGAUCAUUGUCCUGCUGCUCACUGUCGAUGCGCUCGAGGUGAGCUCCGUCAUGACCUGUUUACGAUUGCUGAUUGCCAUUGCUGUGUUUUGGAUUUGAAAUUCAGUUACUACAUAUACUGGCUACCACUAUAUUAUUAGACAAAAAAUAAAAGCAAAGCACACCAGGAUGAUUACCAUGCUAUUUAGCUGAGCAUCCGUCCAACAUAUGUAUGCACUUGAGAUGAUCUCCAUCAUCACCUGUACCCCAUUGCCAUGGCUGUGUUGUGAAUUUGAAAUUUACUUGCUGGUUAGUACAGUACAUUGUUGGUUUGAGGAUGGUCUAUCAAGGUUCUGUACAUAAGUAUGAUUUUCUAGCUAGUGUCUGAAGGUAUUGGUUAGUGAUGCGUCAUUAUUGAGAAAAUAAAUAAAAGCACACUACAAAGAUUAACAUGCAUGCCAGAUAUGUAGCUCAAGUAAGUUGUAACUAUUAAACAUGUGAUAUACCGAGCUAGUUACUAUUAGUAUGUCUAUUGUACUAGCCAAUAGAUGAUACGUUGGUUGUUGACAUCAUUAACAUGCAUCCAAACCAAUAUUAUUCACCUGCUGUUUUUUUAAUCUAUAUGCAAACUUG